AUGGUCGCCGACGCCGUUGUCUACCACCCCACCGUGGCCCACUACCUGAAAUUCGUCGCAACAACCGUCGGCCGCGACAAGUUCCUCCGCACGCUGCAAUACUGGUCCCGCUUCUACGCGUGGUACCUGUACCGCACGAACAACCCGCAGGCGAAGGUCGCGCAGUACGAUGCGGUCAAGAAGAACAUGGGCAUGGCGCGCAAGCUGCUGCGGCUGGGCAAGUUCGUCGAGCACCUCAAGGCCGCCGCCGUGGCCGCCGACGCCAAGGGCGGCGACGCCGUCGUCAAGUACCUGACCGUCGGCCGCCAGCUGGGGUAUGCUGCAUACAUGGGGCUGGAUAACUGCACGGUGCCCGACGUCGUGGGCUUCCGGAAGAGCGCGAACAUCAAGCAGAUCGGAGAGCAGGCCAGCCGCGCGUGGAUGACGGGCUUGCUGUUCAGCGUCGUGGCCGGCGUGUAUACGUUGGCGCAGCUGCGGAAGCGCAGCGGGGCCGUGGAUGAGAAGGAGGCCGAGAGCGUGGUCGAGAAGAAGAAGAUCCAGAAGGAGGGCAACGCUGCCAAGAUUCAGCUCAUCUGCGACGUCUGCGAUCUGACCGUGCCUCUGACUGCCCUUGGCUACGUCAACCUGGACGACGGCAUCAUUGGUCUGUCGGGGACCCUCAGCUCCCUUCUGGGUCUUUGGUCCGUGUGGAAGAAGACGGCUUGA